UAUAGACCCCGGCCUCACUGUUCCACAGCCUCCUGACCCGGUCGUGCCCGGACCUUGUGCGGCGCCAGACGCGAAUGAUAUUCGGAGACACGGGCUGAAUGGUUUCGUCGGUAGAGAACCACGUCAUCCCGUUUUCGUCGUCUGCGGAGUUAGAACUGUAUCAGGAUACUGAGGCUAUUCGAUAGCCGCUGCCCUUCCGUCGAUCUGGAUUGGGAGCGUACCUCAACUUGUGUGCCUUCAGAAGGCAUCAUGUCAUCAUCGUCGUCGUCGUCGUUACCCACAUCAUCUGCGUCAACAACGACUUCGUCGAUCACAUCAAGACCAUCAGCAUCACAUCACUUGGAGUCCAUACUUAGCUCGUCUUCAUCUUCUCCAUCAAUUUUAUCAUCUCUUACAACUCAAUCCACUUCAUCAAUACCCACCUCUUCAUCAUCAUCAUCACAACGUCAAUCAACCAGCAAUGCAGAUCGCCCUGUUUCUCCCAAACCGAUGCCGACACCAACGACUCUAUCCGAGUGGCAAUUGUUGGCUGUACUGAGCAAAGCGAAUUUAGUUCAGUACUAUGAUGUUUUCAUAGCACAAGGUGGCGACGAUAUCAAUCAGAUCAUGGCAUGCGAGGAGAGAGAAUUUCUGGAAAUUAUGAAUCUUGUGGGAAUGCUUCCGAAGCCUCUUCAUGUCCGGCGGAUGCAGAGAGCACUUGCUGAGUAUAGUCAGGAUCAGACUGCAUUCAACCUGGCAGCUCUUCAACAAAUCGGUCCACCACCACCACUGAACUACACACCUGCGGGUACUGAUCCGAUGGCUCUUCUGCUACCCGGAAUCGCCGCUGCCACGUCGCCGAAAUUCCCGAGUCUCCGAUUUUUGAGUCAGCUGUCGUCAGUUGCUGAAAAAGUUUCGACACCAUCCGAAGCAGCAGACACGUCAUCAUCGUCUCCGUCACUGAAUCUGAACACGACAUCGUCGAAUUCGGUACCGUUGGCGUUCAAGUUCUCCACUCCUCUACUCGAGUCUCUGGCCUCUGAUCAACAGUCAUCAUCCACCUCAUCUGUUCGAAGCGUGCUCCCCUCAACCAGCUCAAACACAUCCCACCCUGAGCUCCCUGCUGGAAUCCUCCCCGCCACCACCACCAAUGUCUCCGCCGCAGUUCCGCCACCAUCAUCGAGAGCCACCGCCAACGUAUUCUCCGGAAACAGCAUUGGCCUCAAUUUUAGUGGUGCAGCAAGCGUUACACGCCACCUCGUCGUCCCUCCAUCUAGCACAUCCAUUCAACAACCAUCCACUUCAUUUGGACGAUCAUCGUCCAUCACCGGCCAAGAAAAAGAGGGGUCGUCCUCUCCUUUUUUAGGUGUUGGUUAUUCACAACCAUAUGGCAAUGAUUUCGUUUCAUUGGGAGAUUUUGAUCCAAAUAAUCCAUCACUAACUGAAAAUCCGACUCUAUCAACUGCUCAAAUAUCCCGUCUCGCUGAGUGUGCUCUGGCGGCUUCCAAGAAUCUCCCGCCACUUCCGCCGAGGUUGGUGCAGAAUAAGAAACGAGUUUCAAAAGAAGUCAUAGAACUCCUCAAAUGCUCUCCAGCAACUCCAUCAAUGAUCCACGCGUUUCGCAAGUAUUCUGCAAUUUACGGACGUUUUGACACUAAACGGAAGCCCCAUAAAGUUUUGACACUUCAUGAGACAACUGUAAAUGAAGCAGCUGCUCAGCUAUGUCUUCUCGUUCCGUCUCUUUUGACACGACGGGAUGAGCUGUUUCCGUUGGCUCGACAAAUUGUCAAAGAUGCUGGAUAUAACUAUGCAAAAAGUAGAAAACGACCAUGUGAUCCAGCUGAUUUGCAUAGUCCGAUAAGCUCGCCGGGCAACUCUCCGCCCCCUCAAGAAUCGGAAUUCGAUGAACAACCGUCCAGUUCUUCAGGUGCUUUUAAGGAGGAAGAAAGGCCACCAAUUCCACCGGAAGCAUGGGCGGCGAUAAUCGAAAAAAUGAAGGGUGAGCUCCCGGAAUCUUGAAGCUCGGAUUUCCAUAUUUUUUGUUUUCCUCGUGAUCUUUGCAACACCUCCCGCUGGUCGGUUUCCUGUGAUUCUCAUUAGUUUUCGAAAAUUCUCUCAUUCUAAACACGCUCUAUUGUACCCCACAAGGCGGGAAUUUGAAUUUAAAUUUAAAUUCCCGCCCCCUUCGCUCGGAGUCAUAUAAUUUCCUUCUCUUCCUAUCACUUUUUUGUCUAGUUUUCAAAAAACCCCCCAUUUUUCCGGCGGUUUUUCAAAAACCAAUGCCAAGCUCUCAUAUAAUGGGAGUCUAAACACAGUUCGGUUCCAAAACCAACGCCCACGGCCCCGCCCCCAAUUAGAUAAUUUAAAUAUAAUUUUUUUUUCCAUUUUCCAAUUUUUUAAAAAUAUUUAAUAUGUUUGUCUUGCUCUAUUGAGAAAGAAAUUUGAAUUCAAAACUGAAAAACUUCAAUUUCGCAUCCAAUGCAUUGCAAGUUGAUUGCUUUUAUAAAUUUUUGGGUCUCGAAGCGAAAAGCCCAUAGGAUUUUCACAAAAAUUUUGCAUUUAAUGCAGUGAAAAUUCAAAAAAUUCAAAGAUUUUUCUGAAUAGAUCAAAUUUUCAAAUUUUCCGGUCAUUCGAAAUGGCCUAAUUUGCUCCAAAAAUUUGAAUAAUCCCGUCAUUUUUUCUUUGAAUAGUAAAAAAAAGAUUUUCUAAAAAUUGCCUAAAUGUUUGCCACACUUUCAGUCCAUUUUAUUCACAGAUUUUUACAACUCUACUAGUCUCCUCCACCCAUCACCACUUUCUCCCCAAAAAUGUUUACAUGGUUCUUAUGCACUUGAAUUGUAACUAUUUUUUCUAAUAAAGAAAAGUUUAUAACAAAUAAAUUAAAGAAUUCAAA